AUGCCGACCCCUCAGCGUAUAAAAACCCCAAAAAGCCUAGUGAAAAAUCACGAUUCAACGAAUCUCAUCAAGAAAAUGAACGUCUACACUGUCUUCAUGUUCGCCAUUCUCGCCGUCGCCGCUGUCUCUGGACACCGUUGCCGUGGAAGUUCCUAUGGAGGAGGUGGUCGUGGAGGAGGGAUCGUCAUCGGAGCCACGAAGGAUUAA